UGUAGCCUACGACCUUUUUUCGCCACACCACUCCGGACCUAAAGCACAAUACGCACGUGUAGCUCAACGGAGUCAGAAGUUUAAUCGAAUGCAGCUGUGAACAGGAAUGCAGUGAGACAUGAAACAUCUGCUUAUUGAUGACAUUUAUGAAUGACUCAAGAAUAAAUUAUAGCACCAUAAUGAUAUACAAAUAUCUUUCAAGAAGGACAAAACGUUAAAUUCUGAUUUAAAUGGAAUUAUACAUUUCAGUAAAUAGAAAAUAGAAGAGAACAUGUGAUGCCAAUUGUCUCAAUGUUGCCCAGGUCUGUCCUGGUUCUGGAAACAAAUGUAACGGUCUCAAGACGAUAUGGUGAAAGUUGUCUUCCGCAUGAAUGCAAAGUACAAUCCGAUAGCCGGUAGUAGCAUAGGAUAAACUUUAGUGGAGGUCGAAAAAAACAGAACCGUUGAAACUUUACGAACUUUACUCUGAAGUAAUUGUGUUGCCCCAUCUUUAUAAUCGACGUUGAGAUAAUAUUUAACGGACAUUCCGUUGCGCAGAACCUUUUGGAACAUUUCGACCUACAGUCCAACAGUCGAGUAAAGUAACUUGUUUUUUGUCAAUGGGAUUUUGAAGGGCAAAAAACGGAUUGAGCACUUUCGUCGACAGGAUGAAUGGCAUAGGCAGAGUGGUGUUGGUUGUAUUGGGGUUCGCGGUUGUCAUCACCUUGAUAGCAGUGCCCACAGCUAUAUAUCUGAAUGAGGAAAAGGUGAAUGCAAAGAGAACGUUCACUAUCAACGAUGUCUUCAAUAGUUCCAUCAAGGCCAGGUCGUACAACAUGCGCUGGAUCUCAGACCAUGAGUAUCUGCACAGAGAAGAUGGCUCUGUCUUCCUGUACAACCUGAUUGCAAAAAACAACACAGAAUUUCUGAGCGCCAUUACAUUUGCUCAAGUGGCUGCCUCUGAUUACUUAGUGUCUGCAGAUCGAAAGUAUGUUGCUUUCCAGAGCAAUUGGACCAAGAUAUGGAGACACUCAUUCACAGCUUCAUAUUCUCUCUACGAUAUGUCUGGCUCGAUGUUUAUAAGCCCAACGGAUAUUCCUCAUCAAGUCCAAUUGUUUUUAUGGGCUCCAACAGGAAACAAAAUGGCCUUUGUUUUUGAGAACAACGUCUAUUUAAAGACUGGCCCUAAUGCCCAGGCCGUACAGGUGACCUUCAGUGGAACACACAACCGUAUCCUAAAUGGCAUCCCAGACUGGGUUUAUGAGGAGGAGAUGUUCUCUUCUAAUAUGGCAAUGUGGUGGUCACCAGGAGGGAGGUAUUUGGCCUAUGCUGAAUUUAAUGACACUCUGGUCCACUCUAUUGAGUAUUCAUGGUACGGGGAGGGACAGUAUCCCAGCACUGUCGUCAUUCCUUAUCCCAAGCCUGGCACUCCCAAUCCACUGGUGAAGCUAUUUGUGGUUGAUACAGAAAAACCAUCAAACAUCACAGAGGUUCGAGUGCCAAGUUCCAUUGGUGCAAGUGACCACUAUUUGGCCACAGUCACCUGGGUGACAGACAAACAAAUUGCUGUCCAGUGGCAGAAGAGGAACCAGAAGGAGGUCCGCUUGCAGAUCUACGACUUCGACGGAAACAGCUGGAUUGAGAACGCAGUCGAGAAACAUGACAUCACAAGCGAGAGCGGCUGGGUCGGACGGUUUUCCCCUUCCAGACCAGUCUUAACACCGGACCAACGUUUGUACAUUGUGAAGAGCGACUCCAAAGGCUAUAAACACAUUCACCAGCUUCAUAGAACGGGAGGCUCGGCCACGGCUGUCACGUCGGGGACUUGGGAGGUCAUCGACAUUCUAAAGGCGACCAAUGAUGCCAUGUACUAUUCCAGUAACCAGUUUCGUAAUAGACCAGGAGGGAGGAACAUUUACCGGAUCACUCUUGGAGCCUCUCCCUCUGUCCCUCAGUGUCUGACCUGUUCUGUGGAUGAGGACAGGUGUCAAUACAACUCGGCCUACUUCAGCCACAAUGCUUCGUUCUUUCGCAUGGACUGCUACGGGCCUGGUCUGCCUUGGUACACUCUCUGGGACAACCAGGAUGUUGGCUCAGAGUUUACAGUUCUUGAAAACAACAUGGGUUUGGAAGGCAUUCUGUCCGAGAUCCAAAUGCCGACCAUGCGCCGUAGCUUCAUCAAGCAAGGGGAAUUCAGCCUUUGGUACCAGAUGACUUUGCCCCCAGGAUUUGACCAAUCAAAGAAAUACCCACUUCUCAUUGACGUCUACGCUGGGCCCUGCAGUCAGAAAGCCGACUACCGGUUUAGGCUGGACUGGGCGGUGUACCUCGCGAGUACAGAGAAGGUCGUCGUCGCCAGCUUUGAUGGACGGGGCAGUGGUUUCCAAGGUGACAAGUUAAUGCACUCAAUCUAUGGACAUCUGGGAACCUAUGAGGUGGAAGACCAGAUUAUGGCCGCAAGGGAGUUCAUUAAGAUGGGCUUCAUCGACAAAGAAAGAAUAGCUAUUUGGGGUUGGUCUUAUGGUGGCUAUGUCACGUCGAUGGUUUUAGGAGCCGGGAGCGGAGUUUUCAAAUGUGGAAUGGCAGUUGCCCCCGUUUCGAAAUGGGAGUAUUAUGACUCGAUCUACACUGAACGCUACAUGAAGCAACCAUCAGAAAAUGCUGAAUUCUACAACAACUCUACAGUGACAGCAAGAGCUAAGAACUUCAAAUCAGUGCAGUACCUACUGGUCCAUGGGACAGCAGAUGACAACGUCCAUUUCCAGCAAGCGGCUCAGAUCUCCAAAGCCCUGGUUGAGGAGCAAGUCGACUUCGAUGCUAUGUGGUAUACAGACAAGGAUCAUGGUCUUGAUGGCUCGGCCAAUCAGCAUGUCUACACCCACAUGAGUCACUUUCUCCUGAAGUGUUUCGCUUGAUGCCAUCCCAACGAUGAAUCCCCCAACCUCGUCCUGAAGCCAUCAAAAUGAAGACCCGCGACAUGUCCUGAUGUCAUCCAAACGAAUGACCCCCAACCUGUCCUGAUUCAAACCAAACGAAUGACCCCCAAGUUGUCCUGAUAGAAUCAAAACGAAUGACCCCCAACCUGUCCUUAUUCAAUCCAAACGAAUGACCCCCAACCUAUCCUGAUUCAAUCCAAAUGAAUGACCCCCAGCCUGUCCUGAUUCAAUCCAAAUGAAUGACCCCCAGCCUGUCCUGAUUCCAUCCAAACGAAUGACCCCCAGCCUGUCCUGAUUCCAUCAAAACGAAUGACCCCCAACCUGUCCUGAUGCCAUCCAAACAAUUGAUAUCCGACCUGUCCUGAUUCAAUCCAAAUGAAGGACACCCAACCUGUCCUGAUGCCAACAAAACGAAUGACCAUGCUGCCCUUAAUGAAUAAUUCAUUUAUAGUUUUCCAGUGAAUCUUAAUGAGGAGGCAGAACACAGACAUGCAUUUCAAGCAUUCCUUUCUGUCCGCUUAUUUUUAAAGCAAAUUACAUCAAUGCUAUUGAGCCAUCAUGCCGAGUUUUCCUGCAAUUUAUGAGGGUACAUUUCAAACGGACCCUGUCUGAGAAUGUCUAACGUAUACUCAUCAACAGACCUUGCAUUGCACUGUACUAUUUAUGAAAGAUGUAAAUGAAAGUUAACACAUGAUGUUUGUUCAUAUUUUUAAAUGUACAAACACGCUAUGUUCCUGUAUAGGGAAUGUAUGUGUACCACUGCACCCUCAACUGGUGCGUUUGCUGUUUUAAUAAAACGUGACAUUUA